AUGGAAACGGACGACGUGUCGGUGAGGGAGCAACUUUUCCACAACCGUGUACGGGAGACCAUCAUCUGUGUGCUUCUGUUUACGUGCCUCUACAUCAUGUCCUACCUCAUACUUGCACGCUUCAAGAAGACUGCAGAGUUUGUCACCGAUGAUAUUGAGGAUGCAACUGUCAACAAAAUUGCAUUGUGGCUGUGUACAUUCACGCUGUCUGUUGCUGUAUGUGCGGUGCUGCUGCUCCCCAUCUCGAUUCUGUCCAACGAAGUGCUGCUCACCUUUCCACAGAGUUACUACAUGCAAUGGCUCAAUGGAUCUCUUAUCCACGGUUUGUGGAACCUAGUGUUCCUUUUCUCUAAUUUGUCCCUCGUCUUCCUCAUGCCAUUUGCCUACUUCUUCACUGAGUCUGAGGGAUUUGUUGGCUCAAGAAAGGGAGUCAUGGCACGAGUAUAUGAAGCAGUGAUUCUGUUAUUGCUGCUGGCUCUGCUGGUGUUUGGCAUUGUGUGGGUUGCAUCGGCACUUCUUCAUGACAAUAUGGCGAGGAAGAGCCUCUAUGACUUGUGGGAGUAUUAUCUUCCCUACUUGUACUCGGGCAUCUCGUUUUUUGGAGUGCUGCUGCUCCUGCUGUGCACACCUUUCGGGUUAUCUCGGAUGUUCAGUGUCACAGGCAGCCUGUUGGUCAAACCUCGGCUUUUUGAAGAUGUUGACGAAGCACUAAGCUGCACUGCAUUUGAGGAAGACUCGCUCUCCAGAAAACUGAAGUGUGGCAAUCCUCAGUCGUGCUGGGUCCAGCUGAAUGUCGAGGCGAUGAGGAAGGAACACCAAGCACUCCAAACAAAGCGUAUUGCUUUAGAAACACGAAGAAAAGCUUCGCCAUGGCAGAGAAACUUGGGUUAUCCACUGGCUAUGCUUAUGCUCCUUGCCCUCACAGUGUUGUGCGUUCUGAUGGUUUGUUUCAACGUGCUGGAGUUGCUCCUUGAUGAAACAGCAAUGCCGAGAGGAAUGGAAGAUCCUCACCUUGGGAUGGCCUCAUUCUCAAUGUUUGGCUCACUGGGUGCAGCAGUCCAAGUAGUCCUUAUACUCUAUCUCAUGGUGUCCUCAAUCGUGGGAUUUUAUAGCUCACCUCUCUUCACCAGCUUGGUGCCUCGUGCACAGGACACCAACCUCACACAGAUGAUUGCCAACUGUGUUUCUCUUCUCAUUCUGAGCUCAGCCCUUCCAGUCUUUUCACGUACACUUGGGAUCACCCGUUUCGAUCUGCUGGGAGAUUUUGGCCGCUAUAACUGGCUCGGGAACUUCUAUGUGGUGUUCCUGUACAACAUGCUGUUUGCUGGCCUCACCUCCGUCUCUCUGACCAAGACUGUCACAUGGGCAGUGCAGAGGGAGCUGAUCCGCGCAUUUGGUCUCCACAGACUACCCUUAACCGUCUCGCGCACCACUGUCCCAUUCAGGCUCCUCCUGGCAAGCGGACUGUCGAAAAUCCAGUGA